GCAAAAAGCUAUCCUCUUUCACAAUUUACAGGAAUUGAUCUCAUAAACCGAAUAGACGUUAUGCCUUCAAAUGUCUGCAUUACACAAGCUGAUGUUUUAAAAGGAUUACAAUAUCUUGAUUGUUCUUUUGAUUAUAUUCACAUCAGAGAUUUGUUAUGGUCUAUUUCAUCAAAAGAUGCACAGACUAAAUUAUUUCCAGAAUUAUUGCGAAUUUUAAAGCCUGGUGGAUGGAUCGAGGAUAUAGAAUUUGAUAUGAAAAUCACAAAUGCUGGUCCUAACACAAAAUUCCUUCUUGACGCAUGUGUUUGUUCUGAAGGCUUUUACAAAAAUGCAUUAAAGUUAUUUAAAGAUAAUAAUCUUGAAUAUCAAGUUGAAGAAAGAAUAAUAUGUUUUGCUGAUUAUGAUGUGAUAAAACAGAAAUACAUGACCUUUUUUAAAGUUGUAAAACCCAUGAUCAUUGAAUAUACAAGCAUUAAUUACGAAGAGUACGAUGAAGUACUUGAUAAGGAAU